AGGCAGCAUCAGUGGUGUGGUCCAGCGGGUUGCGGUUGGCUCAGGUCAGCACAGCGGCACGUCGUCACUCUACUGUCACGCACAUCAUUCACGCUGACACCAAACUUUUUUGAUUAAAAAAAAAUAAAAAAGUCUUGCUCGUCUAGACAGAAAAUAAGCCCUUUAAUGUUUGAAAAUGUCCGGAGACUCCUGGGCGCUCGCUGUCGACGUUCAAGAAGCAACAACUCCAUCCAUACAGUUUGACCUCUCAAAGAAACUGGAGCGAGUCCGUGGUCCGCGUAACGUGAAAGGAGACAUAAAUGGAAACAUUUUGCCGGAGAAGGCUGAAAAUGGAAGCUGCAGAAAAGAUGUGGACAAAGUGGAUCUGGCCGAGCAGUCCCUGCUGAAUAAACUGAUCCGCCGGUCUCUGGUGAGGAACAGAAACCAGGUGGAGGUCCUGCAGCGGGACCCCACCUCUCCUCUGUACUCCGUGAAGACCUUUGAGGAGCUGAGACUGAAACCCGAGCUGCUGAAGGGUGUGUACGACAUGGGUUUCAAUAGACCAUCCAAGAUCCAGGAGAAUGCUUUGCCCAUGAUGCUGGCACAGCCACCUCAGAAUCUGAUCGCCCAGUCACAGUCUGGCACAGGUAAAACUGCUGCAUUUUCUCUGGCCAUGCUCAGCCAUGUAAACACAGCCAACAAAUGGACUCAGUGUCUUUGCAUCUCGCCAACAUACGAGCUCGCUCUGCAGAUUGGUCAAGUAAUCGAGCAAAUGGGGAAAUUUUAUCCUGAUGUGAAACUGGCGUAUGCCAUUCGGGGCAACAAAGUGGAGCGAGGCAUCAAGUUGCAGGAGCAGAUUAUCAUAGGAACACCAGGCACCGUCCUCGACUGGUGCACCAAGUACAAGCUCAUUGACCCCAAGAAGAUUACAAUGUUUGUGCUGGAUGAGGCUGAUGUGAUGAUUGCUACGCAGGGUCAUCGGGACCAGAGCAUUCGUAUCCAUAGACUGCUGAAUAAAGACUGUCAGAUGCUCCUUUUCUCUGCAACCUUUGAGGAGUCUGUGUGGAAGUUUGCUGAGCAGGUGGUUCCCGACCCCAAUAUCAUCAGGCUGAAGCGUGAAGAGGAGACACUGGACACCAUCAAGCAGUUCUAUGUGGUCUGCAAGGAGAAGGAGGACAAGUUCACAGCACUCUGUAAUCUAUACGGGAGCCUUACCAUCGCACAGGCCAUGAUCUUCUGCCAUACUCGCAAGAUGGCUUCUUGGCUGACUGCACACCUGACCAAAGAGGGCCACCAGGUGGCGUUGUUGAGCGGGGAAAUGACAGUGGAGCAGAGAGCUGCUGUCAUCGAACGCUUCAGGCAAGGCAAGGAGAAGGUGCUCGUGACCACAAAUGUGUGCUCCAGAGGUAUUGACGUGGAGCAGGUGUCACUGGUGGUCAACUUCGACCUCCCCGUGGACAUGGAUGGGAACGCUGACAACGAGACUUACCUUCACCGGAUCGGCCGCACCGGACGCUUCGGCAGAAGAGGAUUUGCUGUCAAUAUGGUUGACAGCAAACACAGCAUGGAUAUCAUCAACCAAAUUGAGAUGCAUUUCAACAGGAGAAUCACUAAACUUGACACUGACAAUCUUGAAGAAAUGGAAAGCCUGAUGACCUGAACGCUUUGUUUACAUGCACUACCGAAUACUGAAGCAGUUAGACGUGUUACCUCAAAUGUGACUUGAGUUCUUUCAAGGGUUUAUUGUUUGCAUUAUAUUGUUUACAAAAGAGAGAUGCAUGCUAAUGUUGACUAUGCAGACUUCUUUCAUAGCAGUAACUUUUUCACUUAAGAUUUGAUUUGUCCGACUUUUUGAUUUAUUUUUUUUGAUCACUGAAGUCACCUUAAGCCUUAAGAUGUGUCUCCCAGAGACAAAAAACUAACCACUAGCUGUUAAAACAGCAUUUUGGAAGGGUGGUGCUAAUACUAGAGUUUAUGGUUUGCUGUGUCGUGUUUUUGAUUAUCUGAAGUGAAUUACUAGUGUGUCUCAUCUAUAGAUGUUUGCACGGCUUGAUCAAGGUUGAUUUCACAUAAAAUAUCCAUGAGUGACUUGAAGCAUUUGAAGGUUUGAAAAAUGCCUGUUUGAGCUUAGUGGUAGUUGACUUAUUACUUUACUUAUCAUUUCAUUUGAUGCUUUAUCAGACUGUGAAUCCAGAGCUGUUGCUCAGUUUUUUUUGUGUGGACAAAAAAAUAAAUAUAACUAUCAAAUGUGAAACCUGUUCAGACAGUUUAUUGCUGCUGAAAUGCUGUUUUUUGCAGGACAGCUUUAGCUUGUCAAUGGACAGGUUUUUGAACUUAACAGUGUGAUUGUUUGUUUUAAUAAACCUUCCAGAGUGAG